CCAUCACAUCCUCCUCCCUCUCCAGUCACCUAACCUUCGCCUUUCAUCAGGCAUCCUCUCUUCUCGCCCCUACCAGCCCCCCAUCCUACUCCUCCGACCUCCUUCGACCGCCCCGCACGCUCCUCCCCCGCGUGCGCUGUCACCCAACCUUACACACCUCAACUCCACCUAAACCUCCGCACGUUGGCCACUUGCCCCCGCCGGUCGACGCACCCUUCGAUCUUCAGACUGCUCGUCCGACCAACUUCCGUGUCUCCCCCAACCUCGAGGGUGCACACGGUGUAGCUAGUCUCCACCGCGCAUGUCCUCUCAGGCCCCUGCAGCGUCAGCAGACCCUCCCGCCUUGUCAAAGUCGGCCAAGAAGAAGGCCAAGAAGGCGGCAAAGGCGGCAAAGCAACAGAGCUUCGACUCCGCUGCCCUCGCCGCUGUUGACGACGAACUGCAUUCAUCAGCCCAGUUCGCCGAGGGCCGCCCUGCUCUCAAUCCCGCUGCCGACUUUUCAGCGGCGGCUCUCGAGCCGUACUACGAAGACGCUGUCGCCAAGCUCGGCAUUGACCCCGCAGCCGCAGCCGUUGCCAACGCCGCUGCCAGCGCCGCGCGCACCCGCGGUCUUCCUCCCGACCCCUUGACCUUUGCCAGCUACGCCUUCGAUCAUCCCCUCGGCCCUCCACCGGGCGAUAACCCGUUCGAUACCGGCUUCUCACCCUCUGUCGGCAUAGGACACGACGAGCUUUUGGAAACCGCCAACGAGCUCUUUCGCAGGAUGCACUACGAUUCGUACGGCGACGACGACCCGUACUGGUCGACGCUCCCAACGCAUGUGCGCCAGUUCAUACGCGAGGCCAUUCCUUUCAACGGGCAGAGCAACCCAUCAAAUGACCCUCAUGCGACGCAAAAGGACCUCUACGCCAUGGCGCAGCGCAUCGUGCAGGCUGCCAGCCACGGAAUAGGUUUCCAGGCGGUGAACCCCAUGAACGGUAGAGCGCACAUGCCGUCCAGCAUCGCCGAGGACUUGGGUUUCCACAAUCAUCCUAAUCACCCCGACGCCCCCGCCCGCGAAGACGAGUACGAUGAGGAGGACGACUUUGAUGAGGAGCCCGAAUCUGGUUUGGUCCAGCCCAACGGCGAGGCGCCAAAGAAGAAGAACAAGAAGAAGAAGAAGAAGGCGACGCAGCCGGUUGAACCGCCCCCCGCGACGCUUCCGCCUCCUGCAGUCAAGCAGCCUCCUCGGCAACCGGUACCGCCGCAACCCCAACCUCUUCUCCCUCAACCCCAGCUUCAUCCUCCUCCACCGCCCGUCGCAUCUGCCCCAUCCGCUCAGCCCGCGCCAAGCUCGCGUGCCGCCGGCAAGCAGCCGAUGACCCAUGCGCCCGUUGCGGCGGCCAACCCUCCGGCGCGAUCUGUGCGUGCCGCUGGGAAAGCUCCCGUCACCGCCACGCCGCACACGCACCACAACCACACGCACCCUCCGCCCCCCAAGCUCGGAAAUAAGGGCAAGGCAGCGGCGCCUGCGCAACCAGCAAAGAUUUGGACUGCUGCAUCUCCUGAGGAACGCGAGGCUAUCACUCAGUUCUGGCUCGCGUUGAGCGAUGCGGAGCGUAGAGACCUUCUUCAGCUCGAGAAGGAAUCUGUGCUCAAGCGCAUGAAGGAGCAGCAGCGCCAUUCGUGCGGAUGUGCAGUGUGCGGCCGGAAAAAGGUUAACAUCGAGAUGGAGUUGGAGCAACUCUACCACGGCUACUACGCCGACUUGGAGCAGUACACAUCCCAUCAACGUGCGGCGAUGGCCAGCCAGGACUGCCCUCCACCACCGGGUGCGGGGCCAUUCCCAGGAAGUGUCGAGAUCGAUCCCAGCGGUCAACUUCUCAAGCUCGAUCACCUCGCGCCCAACUCGUCACAUCAUCCAAGCGUGGACGAAAGCGACGAGGACUACGAGGAUGACGACUACGAAGACGAGGAGGAGAUCGACGAGGAUGACCUUGCGUCCGAGGAGGCUGACACUGACUACGCUCGCAAGCCCAAGGCGCAUGCUUCGCGACCCGAGGGGUCAGAUGACUUCUUCGGCUUUGGCAAGAACCUCGCCACAAUCAAGGGCAUAAUCACGGUUGCCGAUGACAUGCUCAAGAACGACGGGGCGAAGUUCCUGGAAAUGAUGGAGCAGCUAGCUGUCAAGCGUGUAGCUCGCGAGGAGCUCAACGCGCGUGAGCUCCAGGAGGAGACGGAUGAGGAUGAUGAGGAGGAUGACAUCUCCGAAUCUCAGCGAAUGGAGGACGGUCGUCGAAUGUUCGCUAUCUUCGCCGCGCGCAUGUUUGAGACUCGCGUCCUCACCGCCUAUCGCGAGCGCGUUGCCAAAGAACGAGAGGAACAGCUCCUGCGCGAACUCGAAGCAGAGGAGGAAGGGCAGCGAGCCAAACAGGAGAAGAAGGCCAAGGAGGCGCAGCGGAAGCGCGACAAGAAGAAGGCCCAGAAGCAACGCCAGGACGAUGAGCGUGCCGCACGAGAGGCCGCCGCCGCCGAGGAGGCGCGGGCUGCCGAAGCCAAGGCCGCCGAGGAUGCCAAAGAGCGUCAGCGGCGGCAGGAGGAGGAGCGCGCUCGCCGCGAGGCUGCUAAGCGUGCCGCCCAGGAAGAGGCUGCUCGCAAGGAGGCUGAGCGUCGCAAGCGCCAAGAGGAGGAGCGCGCCCGGGAGGAAGAAGCCGCGCGCAAGAAACGCGAGCGCGAGGAGAAGAUCAAGAAGGAGCGCGAGGCACGCGAACGCGAGGCCAAGGAGAAGGAGCGCCGCGAACGUGAGGAGAAGGAACGGCUCAGCAAGGAGAAGGCCGAGAAGGAGCGCAUCGCCCGUGAGGCGCGCGAGAAGGCUGAAAAGGAGCGACAAGCCAAGCUUGAGGAAGAGCCGAGGACGACUUUGUGCCGCGUGAACCCAUCGCGCAGCCUAUCGGCCCUCCUCCUCCCGGACCAAUUGGCUCACGGCCUCCAGGCCUGUUUGAAGCCCCUCCAGCGGCCACCGCCGCUGCGCCUGGCGCCGGGGCUCCUCACGGCGCGAUCAGGAGCGGACGACGGUCGCCCACCCAGCCCGACAAGGUGCUGGGUUCCGCUGCCCUCGGCGGCGACGAGGUUGUGCCAGACACGCGCCGCGCCGCGCCGUCGUGGAACAAACCGAUGGCUGGCCCCAUCGGAGGAGCAGCGAUCGGUGGUGGUCGGUGGUCGGUCACUCCUGCUCGCAACCCUUCUUGGGGGACAGGUGCCUCCAAUUGGCCUCCAGCCUACGGCUCGUCUUCCAUGGCUGGUGUCACGUCCGGCAUGGGUAACUUGGCCGUCGGUGGCUCGACGCCUUUUGGUGCGCCUGGCGGUCCGAGUAUGCUCGGUGCCCCCGGCGAGAUGCGGCAGACCGACCUCGCACCCGGCGCGCCCCCGCCUGGCUUCGGCAGCAUGCCUCCUCCCCAACACCAGCCGCUGGGUCACGACCAGCGCCGAGGGCCCAACUCAUUUGGCGCCGCGCCCGGGCAGCCGUUCUACGGUCAGAGUAUGUUCAGUCCAGGUGGCCAGUAGUGUACAGGCCGCCUCUGCGGAGCGUGCUUUUGAUCCAGAUGCAUUCCUCCAUGUGACAAAUUGUGCAGCGCUGAGUUGUGCGCUCCUUCACACACGAGUGCAGUAGCAGUGUUCACAUCUUCUGACUGAUAUACAUAUGGUACAAGCACAAUAUUACAGUUGGUGGUUGCUACGCAGAAGUCCAUGACCGGUGAAACCGGCCAACUGUUCAGCCUUGAGGUCGACCAAGGGCUGGCCACCCGUGGGACCAUGUCCGGCCGACAGGCGGGGGCGAGGCCGCGAGCUGUGGGCGCCGUGAGUGGUGUGACCGGUAGGAGAGCGAUGAAGGCCGGUGUGCUUGGCCAGGCUCGGGCCCAUGGGGAUGGCAGGGGCAGGC